CCUCUGCAGGCUGCAGCCCCAGCGCCCGGCGCGAUGUCGGUGACGUUUGAGGAUGUGGCCAUGUAUUUCUCCCCAGCGGAGUGGGCGCUGCUGGGCGAAGAGCAAAGGCAACUUUACAGACACGUCAUGUGGGAAAAUUACCAGACUCUGGUCUCGUUAGGAAUCCAGACCCCCAAGCCAGUGGUGAUCUCCAGCAUAGAGCGAGGGGAAGAGCUGUGUGUCCAGGGUCCCACAGAAGAUGGAGACAUCCUGAGAGGCACCCACCCAGGGUUUCCAGAUGCAGAAGAGACCUGGGACUGGCCAGCAAUUGAAAGCUCCUUGGGCUUCUUCCUCACACAAAGCUCUUCCCCUGGAGCAGGUGCCAGGACCCUGAGCAGAGCUGAGGGGCAGACUCCUGAGGAAGGGUCUGGCAACCUGGAGCCACUCAGGCCUUUCCCAGGGACAUCAGGGGAGAACCAUUCCCAGAAAACUGAGUGGGGAAGACACCACAAGAGGCAGUGCAAGCCACAAAAGCAGAGGAAGAACCUGACCAGGAAGGAGCCAGCAACCCCAAGAAGUCAUCAGAGGAGAUCCAGGUCACAUCUAAAGCCGCCUGAAAAGGGACAAUCUGAGCCCAGAAAGAGCCUAUAUACCUGCCGUGUGUGCAGUGAAGAAUUCAAGGUGCAGAGAGACCUGAUAAGCCACCACUGGACAGUUCAUAGAAGACAGAAACUGUAUCAAUGUAGCGAAUGUGGGGAGAGCUUCAGGAGAAAGAAAGCAUUCAAAGCACAUGGGAAAACCCACAGAAAGGAGAGAGCCCAUCCCUGUUCUGAGUGUGGGAAGAUAUUCAACCAGUUAUCACUGCUCACUGCCCACCAGAGAAUACAUACGGGAGAGAGACCCUAUCGCUGUGCUGAGUGCGGAAAAAGAUUCUUCCAAAUAACAGCUCUUACCAUCCACAAAAGAAUCCACUCAGGAGAGAGACCCUAUGCCUGUGCUGAGUGUGGAAAGAGAUUUAUGGAUUCAUCAACAUUUCGUAAUCACCAGAGAAUCCACUCAGAAAAGAGACCCCAUCGCUGUAGCCAAUGUGGGAAAGGCUUCAAACUUACAUCAAGUCUUACUAGACACCAGAAAAUCCAUAGUGGAGAGAAACCCUUCCUGUGCCAUGAGUGUGGGAAACAAUUCUGCCUACGAGAACAUCUCAUUAGACAUCAGAGGAUCCACACUGGGGAGCAGCCCCAUUGCUGUGCUGAGUGUGGGAAAAAAUUCAGUCUCCUUCAAAGUCUCAGGAGACACCAAGGAAUCCAUCGUACUGGGGGACCGCAUCGAUGCGCUGAGUGUGGGAAAAUAUUCGGUCAUCCAGAAAGUCUCACUCUGCACCAGAGGAUCCACACUGGGGAAAGACUCCAUCACUGUGGUGAAUGCGGGAAAAAGUUUGUCCGUCUAGUACAACUCAGAGUCCACCAAAGAAUCCAUACUGGGGAGAGACCCUAUUACUGCACUGAGUGCGGGAAAAGAUUCACCCAAUCAUCAGGUCUUAUCAAUCACCAGAGAAUCCAUUCAGGAGAGCGACCCUAUCCCUGCACUCAUUGCGGGAAGGUCUUUGCUCACUCAUCGUCUCUUACCAAACAUCAGAAAAUCCAUUUGGAAAAGAAGCCAUACUGCUGCGCUCGGUGUGGGAAGCGCUUUGCUCGCUCAUCAUCUCUUACUAAACACCGGAGCACCCACUCAGGAGAGCGACCAUAUUCCUGCACUCAGUGUGGGAAGCGCUUUGCUCGCUCAUCAUCUCUCACUAAACACCGGAGCACCCACAUAGGAUAGAGACUCCUGACUCUUGUGUUUGAUUGGAGAAACCUCUUCAAUCUCUCAUUUCACUCUUUUCCCAAAGCCUGUAAAAGAGGGAACCUGCUCCCACUCUGAACUGCUCCCACCUCCUCACUAACCAGACAUUAGGAUCAGUGCUGGGUUUGUUAA